AUGAAAACCCGAGCACGGGCCGUGAGCUCGGACAAUUCCAAGCCAACCAUUGUGGUGAAUCUACCGGGCGUUCGCUUGGCCGUUUUGACAAGCUCCUAUGAUUCGCUGCUACAUCUGGACGUCACCCUCAGCUCAGCUGCAUCGCUGUUGCUCGCCACUUACGUCGCUUUUGUGCUGGCAUGGAACAUCCUGUCGUUUCUUCUCGCUCGGCUUGCACAGACGACAGCGUUCUUACUCAUCACCUUUUACACGUUUAGGGGUCUUGCCAUGCUGAGCAUGACAAUUACGACGUCUAGUACUGCUAGAACCUAUCACGAUAUCCCGAACAAGAAGGGGUUUUCGGUCAUUCCGACGCUCCCGUUGCUUUACGUUGACAGCACCAUCAGUUCGUUCAAGUCCACCCAUGUCAGCAAGAACAAGAUCGACGAUACGACUGUUUCCAAGAUUCAAGCUUCAGCUCGACGUCGUGUGUUGGCACAAUUGAACAGGAAUCGCCUUUUGGUCAACGUCGUGCCGGGCGAUAUGCGUCGACGCGUGGAUAUGAACCUGGGCGAGGCGAACAUCCGUGUUGGCAAAGCGUUUAUUCAGACGGUGCUUGGCAAGCGCAAGCCGCGCGAUAUAUACGUCGUGCGUGUGGAUUGCGGUGCCGAAUCAACUACCCAGGAAAAGCACAUGAACCCCGUCAUCAUGUGGGACGUUACGGCUACGUUUGAUGAAUUCAAGCAACUCGAACGUGACCUGAAUAAGGAAGUCCAGGCCAAGAAACAGUUGCGUGCAAUUAAGGUGCCUCAUUUGUCAAGUGGUGCGGUGCUUUUCGUGCAGCCCGAGCUCACAAACCACGUGCUGAACGCCCGUCGAGCGCGUUUGCAGACGUUCAUCGAUACCGUGCGUUCCGACCCAGUGUUGUCCACUACGAGGUCGUUGCGUAAAUUCUGCCAAGCCUACUAG